GAACUUCGGCUAAGUUGCUAACUAAUCGUCACCGACAUAUUAAUAUGAAUACAAUACAGUGUCAUUCAGAAAAGACCUUGUCAACAGAAGAGCCGACAGAACCAAAUCACAAGCUUAAAACAAGAAAAGAUCGGAACUUUCUUCUCCUCGUACAAUUCCAGUAAAAGGUAAGCGGUUGGUGGCAGAAGAUAUGCAUCUGGUUUGAGAUCGGAUCAAGUGGAGAAGAGCUCCCCGUCCCAUUUCUUCGCUCAAUGGUCGAAAUUCCUUGAUUCGCAGUGCAGAAAAAGCUUCUAACAAAGAACUAGCUAAUCAAUUAGGGCGAAACUUAGCAACAAACUGGGUUGCCGCCUCAGACUACUUCCCUCUCUUCCCAAUUCCCCAUCAAUGGAAGCCUCAUGAAGGUGAGUAAUUGAAGAAUGGAGAGUAUGGAGCCGGGCUGAUUGCUUAAUUGAAAACUGUGUCGACGAAACUUCCGACCGCCGGGUGAAUUAUACAGUGGCAACCCUGAUUCAGGCAUACGCCGGAAUUACACCUUAACCGCAUAAAAGUGAGAAGCUUCCCUGUCUAGUGGAAAGCAAAGUACUAUGACGUCUUGACUUUGACCAGAAUGUAAGUUUUGAAAAACCAUGGUGGUGGCGCCAAUCUUCUUGGCGGGAGAGAACGGCAACUUCCGACGGGAAUCACCGGUUAUCACAUUAAUGGCUAAAGAUUUCCAUAUAUAAAUCUGAAAUCAGGUGACUAAAUUUUCUUUGUCCCAAAAUCAGCCCUCGUUUAUCCCGAUCAGAAUCUUCGUCCCUCAUUAAUAUCCUCCUUUCCUAAUCACUGGUGGAUCCUCCUCCAUCACUCUCUCACUCACCCACCGAUCUAGGGCCAACCGUGGAGAUUGUGCUCUGGUGAUGAUUGGGCAGAAAUCCGUGCAACGUAACUCCUCUCUCCGUCGUUACUCCAUUAAUGAGGAUGCAAUUAAAUGAUUUAUUCCCUGUUUUAAUCAACGAAUUUAAGGAUGUCUUUAAGUCUGAGAAGCGUACCCCUAGGGACGUAAAUGGGUUGUUAUUUACCCUAGAUAGCACAUUGGACUCGCAAACCCCAUUAAAUGGGAGAAUUGAAAAAGCUAUUUCACAUAUAGACCCAAGGAACGGUCCGGGAAGAUGUUUAAAUUUUAAAACUCUCCCCUCCUAUAAUCUCUGGAGGCCCGCAAUCAUAGCCCACGAUUCUGCCCAUCAGUUAAAGCAUACCCUGACCCUUACCUUAGUUGUGGGGCCUUUUAUAUGGAAGCCAAACAGUUAUCGUCUUCUUCAUCGAAAUCACUUUCCCUUUCUAGUCCCUUGCUUCGAGAAACCUAAAACAGAGCACUCUCUGCUUUCAAUUUUUCCCACAAUGGCAGGCCUGGUCGAGUUUAAUGACGCUGUGUUGGAAGUUGGGCAGAAUAGAGCUCGCAUGAGUCUGUUCGGUCGGCUCCUCUGCUUGUCUCAUCCAUCCAGAAUUUGCGUCCAACAUACUACCAACAAUCUGUGGGCAAAAAGGGCACCAGUCACCGUACUUGAUGCAGGUCAUGGACUAUUCCAACUCGUUUUCUCAAAUGCCACUGAUUGCCAAGAAGCACUGGGGAAAGCUCCAUGGUUCCUCUAUUCAAAAAUCCUCACUCUAAAAAAGUAGGAAACACCAUCCGAUAGAAUCUUCUUCGAGCUCGCCCGGGUUCUCUAUCUCGUCCAACUUUGGAACCUACCUGAGGAAUACAUACAUGUCGCGCUGGGAAGGCUCCUCGCUUCUCGAUUGGCUUCCAUCGUUGACGCUGGAAUGUAUGCCGUUUGGGAGAAUCCGGGAUGUGUGUUCGAAGCAAAAGUGAUGAUAUACAUCUCACCUCCUCUGCAACACCGGCUGGAAGCUAGGAAAAGUAACGCAAAUGGUUCGUUGGGAGAUCCGUUCUGGGUAUCCCACAAAUACGAAAAUAUCAAGAUAGUCUGCUUCAUAUGUCGGAGAAUUGGUCACAAUCAAAAAAUUUGUUCCUUUGAUUUGGUGAUGGGUGACGAUGGAUUCGGACCAGAAAUUAUCAUAAAUCGUACAGGUCCGAAACUCAAUGAAAAUUCCUAUGCGACGACACGCAAAGGAGGAAUAAAUUGGGCGGAAACGUGUGGCGUCAAGGUGCUCGUCCAACUCCUCAAUCGAGAUCCAACUCGCUGCAACUAGAAGGCCCUUCUCCCCUGCGCAACCAUGAAAAUCCAACCAGAGGAAGACAGGCGGCGCCGAGGUCAAUUCGUCGGGAGAGGCUAGCUGGAGGCGCAAUUGUUGGGAGAUUAAUGAUCCCUAGUGGGUCUCAAUUCAACCCUGGGCUGAGUAAACAGUCGGGCCAGAUACUUGAAAAGGCAGGUUGCAACAAAUUAAUUCAACAAAUAGAACCGAAUGUUAAUGAACCAAUGGAGAAGUAAACUGGGCGCGAGCCCACGAACAAGGAGGAGGCCCUGUCCACAAAACCAUUGUUGAUAGAGCCCAUGCCUCUCCAAUUUCAAGUACCAUCUCUAUCAUAUGGGUUAGGUAACUUAUAUUGUAGUGAAGAUUCUGGAUUUUUAUUCGAUGAUUUAGAGGAUAAUCACUUACUUGGCAUGCAAGGAGAAGGGAUGGGUUUCUUUGAUAAUGAAGGAUUAGAUCAAUCUAUAAAUACUGCCAUCUCUUGCUCUCCGCUAGGGUGUGUCGCGGAUGGGAAAUCAAAGGGGAAAACAAUAUUGAUAGAAUCGUCAGAAUUCCCAAGAGUUUAUGUUCGAAAAAAUGCUGGAAUUUGCAUCCAAGAACCAGAAGAAGGAGUUGUGAAUUUUAUUCCAAAGAGUCCUGGCGAGAAAGACAAUGGUAAAAGGAAAAAGGGUGGAGGUAGCCAACCCCAAUUGGCUCCAAAGUCCUAAUGAAUGUCUAUGCGUGGAAUUGUCAAGGGAUGGGGAGUACCUUCACAUUCCAAACGCUCAAAGCUCACCGAAAUUUGUCUAAAUCGUUUUUGUUUCUUUGUGAAACUAUGUCUCCUAGUGACAAAGUUGAGUCUUUUAUGUGUAGAUUAGGAUUUUCAGACUGUUAUCCGUUGAACCCUUCCGGCCUGUCAGGGGUCUAGUGUUCGGUUGGCGACGAGGUGCUUCGGUGUCAAUUAUUGGUUCAACCCCUUUUUUAUAUUGCCAUUUCGGUUAUUAGUAAUAACUCCCUUUGCUAUGGUGCUUGUCCUCGAUUUGUGCUAAAGGAGCCUAUCCUUCGUACAUCAUCACAAAACAUCGCUCACAACUACAGGAUCUUCGUGAUUUUUUCUCUAGAUUGUCAGAUCCUUUCCUAAUCAUUGAAGAUGUUAAUUGCUCUUUGUUCUCGAUAGAGAAAUCAGGAGGGGCACCAUGGAAUAUGGAUAAAGCCCGACCUCUUUGGAACUUUCUUAACAUUAUGGGACUCCUUGAGGUGAGGUAUCAGGGGGCUAAAUUUAACCUAGACUAAUCAUGGUAAGAAUGGUAUCUUGAUAGAACAAAAAAUCGACAGAGCCUUUGUCUACACGAGUUGGAUGAAUAUUUGGCCUAAUUCAUAUCUUUAUCAUCUAUCAGAUAAAGGAUCAUACCACAGACUCAUGUGUUUAAUGACAUCCCCUGAAAUGUCUAGAGCCAAACGACUAUUCCAUUUUGAUAUAAGAUGGGUGUGAAUGCAAGAAGCAAAACUCAUCAUAUCAUAUGUCUGGAAUCUUCCUAUAACCGGGUCCUUACAAUUAUGUCUAUUUUAUAGACUUCUUCGGGUCCGUCAUGCCCUGGUAGAUUGGUGCAAAGGUGGUACCUCAAAUUCUGCCAGAUUAAUAAAAGAUCUCAAUCUCGCCCUUGACAAUGCUCGAAAAUCUACCCUAGUAGAUUGGAACCUGAUACGAUCCCUGGAAGAAAGGCUAGAGGUUCAAUAUAAGAUGGAAGAACUC